UAACAAAAAAAUUACAAUGUGUAAAAAUAUGUGUUUUCUAAUUAAGGAGAUGGAAGCGUGAUUCACCUAACGGCAGAAAGCAUCAUUGGGAUGUUUCUUUCAGCGUUUGGUCUAUUGAAGCUGUUUGCUGUUGUAAAAAGCGACGAUUUCUUAUACGUUGCUGGCAACAGCAAGGCUGAGCUUGCUAAUUGGGACGAAGCAGUACCUAAUGACCCUAGUGAAACGAUCGAAAGAGCUAAAGCCAAAAUUGGUUCAAGUAAAUACAGUAUCGUAAAUUACAACUGCGAACAUUUCGCGAACGAAGUCAAGUACAAUAGACCCGUUAGCAAACAGGCUAGAAGAUCAUUUCUUCACCUGCUUCCGCAUGCUCAUGCAUUUGUACUUGUACUGAUUUAUUACUUAUGUUUGUACUCAUGGGGUAAAGAUUUGAUGUUCAACAUUUUUUGGGGUAUUUUUUGUGAAGAGGAUUGAUUACACAAUUAUCUUUUUUAAAUUGUUAUACAUAUGUCUAGUUAACAGUUAUCAUUUGAAAAAUAUUCAUGCUAUAUUUUGUACCAAAGGUGUUCAUAAAAAUCAAAAUUGUAUUUGUAUUUGAUAUAUUUAUAUUUCUGUAAUGAAAUAAGCCAU